CCAGCAGCUUAACCAACCAGCCAACCUAGCUCCAACCAACCAAUCCAACCCUGUCGAACCAACAAUGAAGGCUACUCUGUUCUUCCUGGUCGUCGUCCUGUGCGCAGUGGCUCUGGCUGCUCCACCAUCCGAACAGAAGCGGGGUGGAAAGGGAAAGUCCGAAGUACAGGGCAAGGGCAAGGGCAACCGACAGGACGAGUCGGGAUCGAUGGAGGACGGACAGCAGGGUGGUAGCUCGGAGGAGAGCCAAGGUGGAAAGAGUGAAAAGAGUGGAAAGGGUGGAAAGGGCGGAAAGGGCGGCAAGGGAGGAAAGGGCGGUAUGGAUCGUGAGAUGGAAAGCUCGCCGCGCCGCAUGGUGAACCCGAAAGGAAAGGGAAAACAGGAGCAGCAGAAGGAACACGGCAAGGGCCGUGAAAAUGGCAAGGGCAAGAAGAACUAAGGUGACGAUUGGUUCGAGCGAUGGUUGAACAAUAAAGCAUCUUGAAAACAAAA